UCUUUCUGUCCCGUUUAUUCUCACAUUUCACCACACAGAAGCUCGACUUUUUAUAAUUCUUUUCUCGUUGCCUCAGAAAUCACCAAUCUGGUUUCGGGCUUUACUGGUUCUAGGGUUUCGAAAUCGCUCUCUGAUCCAUCCGAAUAUCAUUGUCUCAAAACUUUCACUUUGUUUGUAUUUUUACGAUUUCAUUUCCGUCCUUGUUUUUCCGUUUCAAGAGGUUUGAGAGACCUCCCGUAUUGGGGAGGGGAGGGAGAGACUAUGGGAGGCGGUGAUGCGGCUCUCGACGACGUCGCAACUGAAUCCAAUGGUGGAGAUGAUGGAGUCAACGUCAACAUCCGUUGCUCCAACGGCAACAAGUUCACCGUCACGAUUACCCUCGAUUCCACCGUCGGAUCAUUUAAAGACGUUCUCUCUCAGAAAUGUGAUAUCCCCACCGAUCAACAGCGUUUGAUAUACAAGGGUCGGAUCUUGAAGGACGAUCAGACCCUCCAAAGCUACGGUUUGGAGGCAGAUCACACUGUACACUUGGUUCGUGGCUUUGCCCCAUCUGCUUCAGCCAACCCUGGGGGUGCAACCGAUGCCAGAGGUCCAAAUGCAACUCAUAGUAAUCCAAGUGGUGUUGGACAAAAUGAAGAUGUGCCGUUGGGAGGUUCUACUUUUCCAGCUAAUCUAUUCCCUGGACUUGGACUCGGUGGGAUGGGUGAAGGUGGUGGUUUAUUUGGGGCUGGACUUCCAGAUAUCGAACAAAUGCAGCAACAAUUGACUAGGAACCCUAACAUAAUGAGAGACAUAAUGAACAUGCCUGUUGUUCAAAAUCUUAUGAACAACCCUGAUGUGAUGCGGAAUUUGAUUAUGAACAACCCACAAAUGCGUGAAAUUAUUGAUCGAAAUCCUGAAUUAGCUCACAUACUUAAUGAUCCUAGCACUCUGCGACAGACACUUGAAGCAGCCAGAAACCCUGAGCUUAUGCGGGAGAUGAUGCGCAAUACCGAUCGGGCUAUGAGCAACAUUGAAGCUUCGCCUGAGGGAUUUAACAUGCUUAGGCGAAUGUAUGAAACUGUUCAAGAGCCAUUUCUCAAUGCAACAACUAUGGCUGGGAAUGCUGGGAAUGCUGGGACUGAUAGCUCAAACCCAUUUGCAUCUCUUUUAGCCACCCAAGGUGGAAGCCAAACCAGAAAUCAACCAGCUAAUCAGUCAACCACUGGUUCUGAAUUGACAACUGGCUCACCUGCUCCAAAUACUAACCCACUCCCCAACCCAUGGACCUCUGGGGGAACAGCUGCUGGAGGUACUCAAACUAAUACCGCAAGGUCAAACCUUACUGGGGAUGCUAGGCCACAGGCACCAGCAGGCUUAGGUGGACUUGGUCUUCCAGAGUUUGAAGGCAUGUUGGGUGGCAUGCAGGAUACCAGUUCACUCAAUCAGAUUAUGCAAAAUCCAGCUAUUUCACAAAUGAUGCAAAACCUCCUCUCCAACCCACAGUUUGUGAACCAGACUCUUGGUCUCAACCCACAGACACGCAGCAUGCUUGAUUCUAAUUCUCACUUAAGAGAAAUGUUGCAAAAUCCAGAAUUUCUUCGUCAGUUGACUUCUCCUGAGACAAUGCAGCUACUCUUGACUCUUCAGCAAUCACUUCUAACACAGCUUAGUCGCCAACAGCCAACCCAGGAACCAGGUCAGACAGGUGGAGGUACAGGACCCUUCAACAACAUGGGUUUGGACAUGUUGAUGAACAUGUUUGGUGGACUUGGCGCCGGCAGUCUAGCAGUUCCAAACAGAUCCGAUGUGCCACCAGAAGAACUGUAUGCCACCCAACUUUCACAGCUUCAGGAAAUGGGAUUCUUCGACCGACAAGAGAAUUUACGAGCUUUGAUUGCCACUGCAGGAAAUGUUCAUGCUGCGGUUGAGCGACUUUUAGGGAAUACUGGUCAAUAGUUAUUAGUUAUAUAUAUACAUAUAUAACAUGGUCGGUUUGUGGCCUUUGCUUAGGGCUUCUUGCCCAAUAUAAAAAUGUCAUGUCCAAUAUAAGGUAUUUUUUUUUUUUUAAUAUUAAUUUGUUUUCAAAAAAAAAUUAUUUGUCAUUGAUUUUUUUUUUCUUUUUUUUGGUUGAAUUUUUAUGGUGAAUUCAUCAACAUCUUAUAAAUAUUUUUGUUUUUUUU